AUGCAACAUAUGACUUCUAGUGAAUCGAAUUCGCACAAAGUUGUUAUGCUCGGAGCUUCUGGCGUCGGCAAGACCUCCGUUGUUCUUCAACUCCAGGAAAAAGUAUUCAAGAAAAUGGUUCAACCUACCGUUGGCUCCGGCGUAAUUUCAAAAGAUAUUUUAACCUCGAAGGGUCAAGUUACUCUUAGAAUCUGGGAUACAGCCGGAGAAGAAAGAUACAGGUCAUUUACUGGCCUUUACUCCCAAAAUUCCGUGGCCUGUUGCAUUGUUUUUGAUGUAACUGAUUUGGAAACGUUCGAUACCAUUGAUGAGUGGGUUGGACUCUUCAGGCAGAAUUCUCAGCCAAAUGCAAUUAUUUAUCUUGCCGGAAACAAAUGUGACUUAACUGAUGAAAGACAAGUUAGCUAUGACAAAGCCCAGAAAUAUGCAAUGGACCAUGAUAUGAAAUAUUACGAAGUUUCUGCGAAAACAGGGCAAAAUGUUGAACUUCUCUUUAGAGACCUUGCAAACCAGCUCGGUCCAGCAAACCAGACCCAACAAGCUCCAGCUACAGCAAAGAAUGAUGGCGCAUGCUGCUAA